GACGCGCCCGCGGCCGCCAUUUUGUCCUGCGGUGCUGGUAUUUAGAGCGCAGCGGCUGACGGGCCGGGUCGCCUUCGCAGCCUCCGGACAGCUCGCCUCGCGCAGCCCGCCGCUCGCCGCGCCCGGCCCGACCUCGCCCCGGCCUCGGUCCGCUGAACUCGCCCCCCCUCCCCACCCGCAGACAUGUCCGAGGCCAAGAGCGGCCCCGAGUACGCUUCCUUUUUCGCGGUCAUGGGUGCCUCAGCCGCCAUGGUCUUCAGCGCCCUGGGUGCCGCCUACGGGACAGCCAAGAGCGGCACGGGCAUCGCAGCCAUGUCUGUCAUGCGGCCAGAGAUGAUCAUGAAGUCCAUCAUCCCGGUGGUCAUGGCUGGGAUCAUUGCCAUCUACGGCCUGGUGGUGGCCGUCCUCAUCGCCAACUCCCUGAAUGACGGCAUCAGUCUCUACAGGAGUUUCCUUCAGCUGGGUGCGGGCCUGAGUGUGGGCCUGAGCGGGCUGGCGGCAGGCUUCGCCAUCGGCAUCGUCGGGGACGCUGGCGUGCGUGGCACCGCCCAGCAGCCGCGGCUCUUCGUGGGCAUGAUCCUCAUCCUCAUCUUUGCCGAGGUGCUCGGCCUCUACGGUCUCAUCGUCGCCCUCAUCCUCUCCACAAAGUAGCCCUGCCGGCCGCCAGCCACAGAAUAUGAUUGAUGUCAAGACCACCCCCUCCUCAUUCCACAGCGAACAGCCUGACACACGCACGGGGCAGCUGCCCGCCAGUAGUCGGUCUUGUAAAUGCGCAGUGUCCUAGUGCACACCGUCUGUUGCCCCAGCCUCGCCCCUGCCCGCCCCGCCCCGUGCUGUGGACAUCUGGGCCCACCAGUCCCCACCCCGGCCCUGACCAGUGAGGACGCCGGCCUCCGGCCGUCCCCGCCCAUCUGCCCCAGAGUGCUCUGUGUAUAAGGAUGAAUUAGAGUUGUCAUUUUCUCUUCACUGGAUGUUUAUUUAUAAAGAUUUGACCUGUUCAUACGUCUGUGGAGCAGCUCUCCGUCUCCCAACUCUAUAGUAACCUUAGGUAGACUGUUGUUGCGUUGUGCGGUUACCGUUUACCCUGAGACCCGUUGGAUGGAACCACCUCCUGCAGCCCUGGUUGCCCCGGGCCGCGGGCCAGUGUGCCGGGCCCGUGGGCCCUGGUGCCGCUGCGUGUCCAAUAAAGUUCUCAGAUGUGACCGGA